UGCAGUCCUACACGCUUCUCUGCAGUUUCUCUAGAGCUGUCACCCACCCAUGAUUCUCAUGAUUCUUAUUAUUCCUACCUGUCUGCUCCCCGUCAACAAAAAGUGCAUAAAUUAAAAAGUGCAAAAGGUGUUAUUCAUAAAAACCUCAAAAAAAUUUAUACUACAAAAGCAUCUGAACCUAAAAACACCACAAUCAGAUGUGGGCUAUUAAACAUUAGAUCUCUCUUGUCUAAAUCUCUGUUAGUGAAUGAUUUGAUAAUGGAUCGGCAGAUUGAUUUAUUCUGUCUGACUGAGACCUGGCUGCAGGAGGAAGAGUAUGUCAGUCUAAAUGAGUCAACCCCUGCUAGUCAUAUUAAUUAUCACAUUCCUCGAGGCACAGGCCGAGGAGGAGGAGUGGCAGCAAUCUACCACUCAAGUUUAUUAAUUAAUCCUAGACCUAAGCCGAAAUAUAGUACAUUUGAAAGCCUUAUCCUCAGCCUCUCACAUCCAAAUUGGAAGACAGAUAAACCAGUACUAUUUGCUGUGGUGUAUCGUCCACCUGCUGCUUACUCAGAGUUUUUGUCUGAAUUCACUGAAUUUUUAUCUGAUUAAGUGCUUUGUACAGACAAAGCAAUUAUAGUGGGCCACUUUAAUAUUCAUGUUGAUACCCACAAUGACAGCCUUAAGACUGCUUUCUAUUCAGUAUUAGACUCAAUUGGCUUUUUGCAAAAUGUUAACAAACCAACUCACUGUUUCAAUCACACCCUUGAUCUUGUACUAACCUAUGGCAUAGAAGCUGAAUAUUUGACAGUAUUCCCUCAGAACCCUGUUUUAUCUGAUCAUUCUUUAGUAACAUUUGAAUUUACAAUAAUGAACUGCACAGCAUCUGAGAAAAAAAUUAACUACUGUAGAUUUCUGUCUGAUAAUGCUGUUAUCAAAUAUAAGGAAGCUAUUCCAUCUUUAUUAUCUCCGCUGCCAUGUGCCAGUUUUACAGAGGGCAAUGGCCUAAACGUUACUCCAGCAGAUAUAGACUAUCUAGUUGAUAAUACUGCUGCUUCAUUGCGUUCAACCCUUGACUCUGUUGCCCCUUUGAAAAAGAAGGUCAGUAAUCAGAGGAAGCUAGCUCCAUGGUACAAUUCACAAAUACGUACUUUAAAGCAGAUAUCACGAAAGCUGGAAAGGAAAUGGUUAUCCACUAAUUUAGAGGAAUUCCGCCUAGCCUGGAAAGAUAGCUUUAUAAUGUAUAAAAAAGCCCUCCGUAAGGCAAGAACUGCCUAUUACUCAUCAUUAAUAGAGGAAAACAAGAACAACCCUAGGUUUCUUUUCAGCACUGUAGCCAGGCUGACAAAGAGCCAUAGCUCUAUUGUACCAUCCAUCCCUCUAGCUCUCACUAGUAAUGACUUUAUGAGCUUCUUUAGCAACAAAAUAGUAGACAUUAGAGACAGAAUCCAUCUCAUCCUGCCUACAACUGUUAAUGAUGUAGGUAUGUCUAGAACAGCAUCUUUAGAAACAUCUUCCAGUCCUGAUUUGUCGUUAGACCGUUUCUCUCCCAUAGAUCUAGCUGAAUUGACUUCAAUAGUUUCUAAAUCUAAAUCAUCAACAUGUCUUUUGGAUCCUAUCCCGACCAGACUUCUUAAAGAUGUGUUGCCUUUGAUUGGCACUCACAUAUUAGAUCAGAUAAAUCUCUCGUUGGUUACAGGAUAUGUUCCACAGGCUUUUAAGGUUGCAGUUAUCAAACCUUUACUUAAAAAGCCUUCUCUGGACUCUGACAUUUUGGCAAACUAUAGACCUAUAUCCAAUCUCCCCUUUACUUCUAAAAUUCUUGAAAAGGCUGUUGCAUCUCAGUUGUGUGAUCAUCUACAUAGGAACGGUUUGUUUGAAGUUUUUCAGUCAGGAUUUAGAGUUCAUCAUAGCACAGAGACAGCACUGGUGAAAGUUACCAACGACCUUCUUAUAGCAUCAGAUAAUGGACUCGUCUCUAUACUUGUCCUGCUAGAUCUUAGUGCUGCAUUUGACACCAUUGAUCAUAAUAUCCUAUUGGAAAGAUUGGAACAUGUUAUUGGGAUUAAAGGAACAGCACUAGGCUGGUUUAAAUCAUAUCUAUCAGAUAGAUACCAGUUUGUUCAUGUUAAUGAUGAUCCCUACAUAUAUACCAGAGUAAGUCAUGGAGUUCCACAGGGUUCUGUGCUUGGACCGAUACUGUUCACCUUAUACAUGCUUCCCCUAGGCAAUAUUAUCAGGAAGCAUGGAAUAAAUUUCCAUUGCUAUGCGGAUGAUACCCAGCUAUAUUUAUCUAAGAAACCAGACGAAACAGAUCAGUUAGCCAUACUUCAGGCAUGUCUUAAAGACAUAAAGGCCUGGAUGACCUGUAACUUUCUUCUUCUGAAUUCAGACAAAACUGAGGUUAUUUUGUUUGGUCCCAAACACCUCAGAAACAGUUUAUCUAAUCAUAUAGUUACUCUGGAUGGCAUUAAUUUAGCCUCCAGUACGACUGUGAGGAACCUUGGAGUUAUUUUUGAUCAGGAUCUGUCCUUUAACUCACAUAUAAAACAAGUCUCUAGGACCGCCUUCUUUCACCUGCGCAAUAUCAGUAAGAUUAGGAACAUUCUGUCGCAGAGUGAUGCUGAAAAAUUAGUCCAUGCUUUUGUUACUUCUAGGCUGGACUACUGUAAUUCCCUAUUAUCAGGAUGUCCAGUUAACUCUCUAAAAAGCAUCCAGCUGAUCCAAAAUGCUGCAGCGAAAGUACUGACUGGAAUUAGCAAGAGAGAUCAUAUUACUCCUGUACUAACUUCUCUUCAUUGGCUUCCUGUAAAAUCCAGAAUUGAUUUUAAAAUCCUUCUCCUUACAUAUAAGGCCCUCAAUGGCCAGGCUCCUUCAUAUCUCAAAGAGCUGAUAGUACCAUAUCAUCCUAACAGACUGCUUCGUUCCCAGAAUGCAGGUUUGCUUAUGGUUCCCAAAAUCUCUAAAAGUAGAAUGGGAGGCCGAGCCUUUAGCUAUCAGGCCCCUCUCCUAUGGAACCAACUGCCAGUUUGGGUUGGGGAAGCAGACACCCUCUCUAAUUUUAAAACGAAGCUUAAAACCUUCUUGUUUGAUAAAAGAUGUGGGCUAUUAAACAUUAGAUCUCUCUUGUCUAAAUCUCUGUUAGUGAAUGAUUUGAUAAUGGAUCAGCAGAUUGAUUUAUUCUGUCUGACUGAGACCUGGCUGCAGGAGGAAGAGUAUGUCAGUCUAAAUGAGUCAACCCCUGCUAGUCAUAUUAAUUAUCACAUUCCUCGAGGCACAGGCCGAGGAGGAGGAGUGGCAGCAAUCUACCACUCAAGUUUAUUAAUUAAUCCUAGACCUAAGCUGAAAUAUAGCACAUUUGAAAGCCUUAUCCUCAGCCUCUCACAUCCAAAUUGGAAGACAGAUAAACCAGUACUAUUUGCUGUGGUGUAUCGUCCACCUGCUGCUUACUCAGAGUUUUUGUCUGAAUUCACUGAAUUUUUAUCUGAUUAAGUGCUUUGUACAGACAAAGCAAUUAUAGUGGGCCACUUUAAUAUUCAUGUUGAUACCCACAAUGACAGCCUUAAGACUGCUUUCUAUUCAGUAUUAGACUCAACUGGCUUUUUGCAAAAUGUUAACAAACCAACUCACUGUUUCAAUCACACCCUUGAUCUUGUACUAACCUAUGGCAUAGAAGCUGAAUAUUUGACAGUAUUCCCUCAGAACCCUGUUUUAUCUGAUCAUUCUUUAGUAACAUUUGAAUUUACAAUAAUGAACUGCACAGCAUCUGAGAAAAAAAUUAACUACUGUAGAUUUCUGUCUGAUAAUGCUGUUAUCAAAUAUAAGGAAGCUAUUCCAUCUUUAUUAUCUCCGCUGCCAUGUGCCAGUUUUACAGAGGGCAAUGGCCUAAACGUUACUCCAGCAGAUAUAGACUAUCUAGUUGAUAAUACUGCUGCUUCAUUGCGUUCAACCCUUGACUCUGUUGCCCCUUUGAAAAAGAAGGUCAGUAAUCAGAGGAAGCUAGCUCCAUGGUACAAUUCACAAAUACGUACUUUAAAGCAGAUAUCACGAAAGCUGGAAAGGAAAUGGUUAUCCACUAAUUUAGAGGAAUUCCGCCUAGCCUGGAAAGAUAGCUUUAUAAUGUAUAAAAAAGCCCUCCGUAAGGCAAGAACUGCCUAUUACUCAUCAUUAAUAGAGGAAAACAAGAACAACCCUAGGUUUCUUUUCAGCACUGUAGCCAGGCUGACAAAGAGCCAUAGCUCUGUUGUACCAUCCAUCCCUCUAGCUCUCACUAGUAAUGACUUUAUGAGCUUCUUUAGCAACAAAAUAGUAGACAUUAGAGACAGAAUCCAUCUCAUCCUGCCUACAACUGUUAAUGAUGUAGGUAUGUCUAGAACAGCAUCUUUAGAAACAUCUUCCAGUCCUGAUUUGUCGUUAGACCGUUUCUCUCCCAUAGAUCUAGCUGAAUUGACUUCAAUAGUUUCUAAAUCUAAAUCAUCAACAUGUCGUUUGGAUCCUAUCCCGACCAGACUUCUUAAAGAGGUGUUGCCUUUGAUUGGCACUCACAUAUUAGAUCAGAUAAAUCUCUCGUUGGUUACAGGAUAUGUUCCACAGGCUUUUAAGGUUGCAGUUAUCAAACCUUUACUUAACAAGCCUUCUCUGGACUCUGACAUUUUGACAAACUAUAGACCUAUAUCCAAUCUCCCCUUUACUUCAAAAAUUCUUGAAAAGGCUGUUGCAUCUCAGUUGUGUGACCAUCUACAUAGGAACGGUUUGUUUGAAGUUUUUCAGUCAGGAUUUAGAGUUCAUCAUAGCACAGAGACAGCACUGGUGAAAGUUACCAACGACCUUCUUAUAGCAUCAGAUAAUGGACUCGUCUCUAUACUUGUCCUGCUAGAUCUUAGUGCUGCAUUUGACACCAUUGAUCAUAAUAUCCUAUUGGAAAGAUUGGAACAUGUUAUUGGGAUUAAAGGAACAGCACUAGGCUGGUUUAAAUCAUAUCUAUCAGAUAGAUACCAGUUUGUUCAUGUUAAUGAUGAUCCCUCCAUAUAUACCAGAGUAAGUCAUGGAGUUCCACAGGGUUCUGUGCUUGGACCGAUACUGUUCACCAUAUACAUGCUUCCCCUAGGCAAUAUUAUCAGGAAGCAUGGAAUAAAUUUCCAUUGCUAUGCGGAUGAUACCCAGCUAUAUUUAUCUAAGAAACCAGACGAAACAGAUCAGUUAGCCAUACUUCAGGCAUGUAUUAGAGACAUAAAGGCCUGGAUGACCUGUAACUUUCUUCUUCUGAAUUCAGACAAAACUGAGGUUAUUUUGUUUGGUCCCAAACACCUCAGAAACAGUUUAUCUAAUCAUAUAGUUACUCUGGAUGGCAUUAAUUUAGCCUCCAGUACGACUGUGAGGAACCUUGGAGUUAUUUUUGAUCAGGAUCUGUCCUUUAACUCACAUAUAAAACAAGUCUCUAGGACCGCCUUCUUUCACCUGCACAAUAUCAGUAAGAUUAGGAACAUUCUGUCGCAGAGUGAUGCUGAAAAAUUAGUCCAUGCUUUUGUUACUUCUAGGCUGGACUACUGUAAUUCCCAAUUAUCAGGAUGUCCAGUUAACUCUCUAAAAAGCAUCCAGCUGAUCCAAAAUGCUGCAGCAAGAGUACUGACUGGAAUUAGCAAGAGAGAUCAUAUUACUCCUGUACUAACUUCUCUUCAUUGGCUUCCUGUAAAAUCCAGAAUUGAUUUUAAAAUCCUUCUCCUUACAUAUAAGGCCCUCAAUGGCCAGGCUCCUUCAUAUCUCAAAGAGCUGAUAGUACCAUAUCAUCCUAACAGACUGCUUCGUUCCCAGAAUGCAGGUUUGCUUAUGGUUCCCAAAAUCUCUAAAAGUAGAAUGGGAGGCCGAGCCUUUAGCUAUCAGGCCCCUCUCCUAUGGAACCAACUGCCAGUUUGGGUUGGGGAAGCAGACACCCUCUCUAAUUUUAAAACGAAGCUUAAAACCUUCUUGUUUGAUAAAGUAAUCAGAGAUAGUUCGGUUACCACAAUCCCACCGACGCUGAAAUCCGCACUCGGAAGACAGGGGCUUCUGAGGACGACGGAGUGGCGCAGCAGGGUACAGGGAGCAGCCAGCAAGAGGAAGCAAUGCUCCCGAAAACAAAAGAGAGGAAAGCGAGCAGGCGCGCAAUUCCGGCUGAAGGCCAGCAGGCCGCCGAUUCCAACUCUCUUUCUGGCCAACGUCCGCUCCCUGAACAACAAAGAGGAUCUGUUACGCCUGAGGCUGAGUGUUUCCACGGAGAUGAGGAACUGUGCUGUUUUCUGCCUCACGGAAACCUGGCUAAACCACAACAUGCCGGACUCAGCCUUCCAGAUCAACGGACUACAGCUUUUCCGGGCGGACCGUGACCACCAGUUAGGGAAAACACGGGGAGGAGGACUCUGUGUGUACGUGAAUGAAGGUUGGUGUACAAACUGUGGACUGGUAAAAAGUUACUGCUCUGAGGCGAUAGAACUUAAGACAGUGAAAUGUCGGCCGUCUGCCACGGGAGUUCACCGCGGUGUUCGUCACCAUUGUUUACAUCCCGCCGGGUGCUAA